AUGCGGGCCGCAGGCUUCGCACUACGGCCCGCAGAUGGUGCGCGGCCGCACACGUGGCGCCGGAAAGCCACCCAAGAAAAAUCUCGAACAAAGCGGAGAAAGCGCGCAGCGCUCGCGAUCUUGGCGCCCGGUGCCCAGCCGCGUAGCUUGCGCCUUCGCCCCCGGGCGCUUGCCGCCUUCCAUUUCUGCCCCGGCGCCGCAGGCGGCGCGGCAGAGGGC